CCUGAUAUUAUUUGCUUUAAUUUGAAGGGCACACUUCUUCAACACUCGAUGAUUGUGUGGAUGAAGAAGUUAUAUCUACUGUCUGUAGGUGUGUAAACACUGACUUUAGAGCCAUUGAAACACCUGCUGUCAUACUCCAGACAUGCUGUUUAAACUUAAUGCUCUUAUGGAGAGAGAGAGAAUUAAACACAAACAAUGUGGAGGAGCACAAUGGAAACCGCCAUCCGCCUGAAACGACACAUUUACCCAAACAGCUCUUUGUGAAGAGGUGAGCGGCUCUUCGUGUGAAAUUAUCAUUUUAACCCAUUAAAUAAUCAAUCGGAUCCUUUACUUUGUCUCAGAAAAACACAAACCCCAUGCCUGAAAGGUCGAGCUUACCUGGGGAUUCAACUUGUUGAUGAACCGGUGAACAGGAGAGCUCCUCGAGGUUAACGCAGCGCAGACUUCAUGUUUCUCCUCUCAGGAAUCACUCAGGGAGACUUUCAGGGUUAGUUUGGUAAGAGGUGAAAAAAGAAAGGAGCUGUGGGUUUCCUCUGUUCCACACGCAGAGGCUCUUCAGUCUGUAUCCUGCUUCAUUAUCCAAAGCGACACACUGACACAGUCAGGAGAGUUUAAAGGAGCUCAGCUAGCCUAGCUCCAUCCAGGGACAACAAGUGAACACAGCGCGAAGCUGCCAUCUACCGUUAGCAUGCUAGGAAGGGAGCUGAACUACAAACUACUUAUUAAUUUUAAUAUUUUCCACAAAGAACAUAAAGUCAUUUUAACUCCAGAAUUAUACUUUUAAAAUACCUGUUAUCAAACGCAGCUAAAUCAACUUUAAAUUGAAACUUUUAACUUCUUUAAGGACAAACUUGGAAUGUCGAUCCGGGCGCUUGUGUUUCCAUGACAACCUGUCACCGUAGUUUUGGUGAAAAAUGGACAAACUUAACGGAUUCGCGGAAGUGACUGAAGAGUGAAACGUCACCAUCUGUUGUUUUCAGUUUGAAACCGUCCGAUUAUUAGAGCAUGUUAGAAAACUUCUUUUAAAAAGUGUGUAAACGGAAUAUUUAAAGCAUGUUUGCGAAUCUGGGAAGCUGGCUCGGGAUUGGAAAGGAAAAUGAGCAAGGAAAAGAAAACAGGGAGUCACGUGUUGAUGUUAAAGACCCAAAUCAGGACGUAAACAAACAGACUGCUGCUGAAAGUGAGCAGAACAAUGCUGGAAGAGAAGAUGUUCAACCGACUCAACUGCUGCAACAAGCUAAAGGCUUUAGUGGUUACAUCUAUAACAUUGCCAGCAGUGCCUCCAAGAAACUGUCUGAGUCCGUGGUUGAGACGGCACAAACCCUGAAGAAGAGUGUGGAAGAGGGGAAGAUGAAUGGAAUCAUUGAUAAGACUAUUUUAGGUGAUUUCCAAAAAGAACAAGAUAAAUUUGUUCAGGAACAAAAGGCCAGAGUGUCUGGUGCUGCUGUGCCCCCGUGGGUCGGUUAUAAUGAAGAAGAAACCAUCCAGCAGCAGAUCCUGGCUCUCUCAGCUGACAAAAGGAAUUUUUUGCGAGAUCCUCCUGCUGGGGUGCAAUUUCACUUUGACUGUGAGCAAAUGUAUCCUGUCGCCAUGGUGAUGCUGGAGGAAGAUGAGCUCCUUCAGAAGAUGCGCUUCCAUCUGGUCCCCAAACAGGUGAAAGAAGACGUCUUCUGGAAGAAUUACUUCUACCGCGUGUCCUUAAUAAAGCAGUCCGCUCAGCUCACAGCUCUCGCAGCACAACAGGCUGCAGAGCGGAGAGGCGUGGAGAAACCUGGCUCCAGUUCUGAGGAGGGCCAACAAAAGGAUAUUGUGAAACAGAAAACUCACACUGACAUCAGCAGAAACAAACCAAAGUCAAGUGAGGAUGAAGAGGAGAUCUCCACCAGCCCGCCUGUGUCUGAGUUUGUGAGCGAUGCCUUUGACUCAUGCAACAUAAAUGAGGACGACCUACGCAAAGAAAUGGAACAGCUGGUUCUCGACAAGAGGGAGCAUCCAGACUCACAGCAGGAGGAGACUCCUGACUGGGAGCGAGAGCUGCAGGAGGAGCUGCAGGAGUACGACGUGCUGCCUGAUAACGAGAACCACGAUGAUAACUGGGACAAAGAGAUUGAAGAGAUGCUGAAGGAGGAAAGUUAAAGCGCUCACUCACGCUCCAACAGCUUUAAUGUUUCAGAAUCACCUUUAAGGUCAGAAACAACACAAGAGACACAGAUUAAAAUGCUCUCAGAGGAUUCAUUCAUCACAGUUUUCACUCCUCUGAGAACUCUGCAGACUGAGGAAUAACACUGAACAUCAUUAACAUUUCAUUGUAUUAUUUCUGUGGGCUGAAUGGCUCUUCUGGUUCUAUGCAGAAAUACUUUGCAUUGUGUCCUUUAGUUAAAACAACAGGAGGUAUUAUCCUGCAAACAUCUGCUCUUACCAGCUUACCUCAGAUCAUGCAUCAGGAUUCAAAGGGAGACCAUAACUAUUGAUGAACAGUGACUGUUUUUACCACAAUUAACAAUUUAAGGAUGAUAACAGAGACCAAAAACAGGAAGUUGAAGUGUUAAAGUAGUACAAGUACAACCUGAAAUCAAUGAGAGUUUGGACUCUGUGUGAAAUUUGAAAAAAUGUGAAAGCUUACUGAAACUGUUUUGAUAUAUUUUGUUGAAAGUAGUUCAGAGAAAAUAUAUUCAGUGUUCGAACUGACUACUUUUCAAAUGUACACUCCUACAGUAUGGAAUACCUGCAGGUUUGACUGAUAUUUACAAAGAUCCAAACAGUUUUUGACUUGAGGGUGAAGGUCAGGAUCACAGGUUUACAGUUUGACUCAGUGACGUCUGUUACACAGCACCUACAGAAGUAGGUCCCAGAAGUGACAGGUAUAUUAGACCCAAUUAUGAGUAAAGAAAUAAGACGGAUGCAUUCCAUUUCUUUAAAGCUGUAUUUUUGUAAAUGUAAAAUAAUUGUUCCUCUGUAAGUUAGAAAUCAGAAGAGAGUUUACUGCAGGAAUAUGGAAGGGAGGUAAGACAAAUAAGGAUCCCAGCAGGGUCUUGUCUAACAAGGGAUUGUAAUUUGUAUUACCAUCAGUUCACUGUACAUGAAACUGAUGAUUUGUGUGUGCAGUUCUUAUGAUUGUGUGUAAAUUGAUAUUCUGUGAUACAUUAUUAUUCAAGAUAAAGCUGUUUCUUUAUGAUGCAA